UGCAGCUAUUCACAGCUCCAGAAUAUCCGUGUCGAGGCCGAAAAGAAGAUUAUUGUUAAUUUUAUCUUUUGUAUAAGAAGGAAGCGAUGAGACCUCUUUCUGUUUGAAGUAGUCGUUAAGUUUUGUCUAUCUGCAACUGAAAGCCGUGCAGCUACCACGAUGCGUCUUAUUUCUCAGACCGCCAUUGCGACCUUGCUCGCUGCCAAUGUUCUUGGACAUUCGCACAUAUCUUCUCCCAGAAGUCUCCAAAAGAGAACUGUAGACCUCACAUCCUACAAGCUGGGAGUUGGCGCUUCGUACAUCAAUAACGUUGUGAUCGAAGAACAGCAACCCGCUUUCCGAGCUUUCACCAAGCCCACAUACGUUGAUACUGCUACAACCCUGGUCAAGUCGAAGUUCCCCAACGCUGAGUUCCGCGUGGUCAGCAACUAUGUAUCCGGAAACGGAGUCGGACAUGUUACCUUCAAGCAGACUGUUCACGGGAUCGAUAUUGACACCGCUGAUGCCAAUGUUAAUGUUGCCAAAGACGGGUCGGUUUUCUCAUACGGAAGCUCUUUCUUCACUGGAACUCUUCCGGCCGAAAGCCCAUUGACCAAGCGAGACCAAGUUGAUCCCGUUCUGGCUCUCCGCGCAGCUUCAAACGCCCUUCAGCUAGAUGUGGCUGCUGAGAGUGCUCAGGCAGUCCCUGAAGCCGAGGUCGAGAAAUAUACCAUAACAGGUUCUUCUGGAGCACUGUCGGACCCCAAGGCUAACCUUGUCUACUUUCAAACUGGAGACACCUUGAAACUUUCAUGGAGAGUGGAAACCGACAUUGGUGAUAACUGGUUGCUGUCUUACGUUGAUGCAGUCACUCCUGAAAGAGUUCUUGGCGUUGUUGACUACGUAUCUGAUGCGACCUACACUGUCUACCCCUGGGAGAUCAAUGACCCCGGCCAUGGAGGUCGAACUAUUGAGACUGACCCCUGGGAUUUGAAGGCCUCUGAGUUCACAUGGCACGGAACGGGUUUCACCACCUUCAACACCACCCGUGGCAAUAAUGGAAAUGCCCAAGCAAACUGGGAGGGCGAUUCUGCUUUCAUCAAUGAUUACAGACCUUACGAGCAAGAUCUAGCUUUCGAGUACGACUUGGAUCUCAACGGAGUGGAUCCUAAGACAUACGCCAAUGCAUCUGUCACGCAGCUGUUCUACACAUCUAACCUGUACCAUGACUUGCUCUAUGUCCUUGGUUUCAACGAAGUUGCAGGAAAUUUCCAAGCCAACAACAACGGGAAGGGUGGUCUCGGAGGUGAUCCAGUCACUUUGAAUGCCCAAGACGGCAGCGGAGUAAACAACGCUAAUUUCGCGACUCCAAUCGAUGGACUGGUGCCAAGAAUGAGAAUGUAUAUCUGGAACUACACCUUGCCAGUUCGCGAUUGCAGUUUCGAUGCAAACGUCGUCAUUCACGAGUACACUCACGGUCUAUCUAACCGUCUCACUGGCGGAGCUUUGAACGGUGGGUGCUUAGGUACCACCGAGGGCGGUGGGAUGGGUGAGGGAUGGAGUGAUUUCAUGGCCAUCGCUAUUCACAUGAAGACCUCUGAUACGCGAGACACCGACUAUCCCAUGGGUGACUGGGUUCGUGGCCGUCCGUUUGGAAUCCGAACAUAUCUGUACUCAACCAGCAAGGAGACCAACCCCAUGGUGUACUCUACCGCCUACAACAGCACCCUCGUCCACUUCAUCGGCACCAUCUGGGCUACCAUGCUCUACGAGGUCAUGUGGAAUUUGAUCGACGAGUACGGCAUCACAGACGACAGACAACCAAAGUUCAUAAACGGCGUUCCAACCGAUGGUCGCUUCCUCACCAUGCAACUUGUCGUCGAUGGCAUGAAGCUUCAGCCAUGCCGCCCCAACUUCAUCAACGCCCGUGACGCCAUCCUAGAUGCCGACAAGGCUCUUACUGGAGGCAAGAACCAAUGUCUCAUCUGGAAGGCCUUCGCCAAGCGUGGUCUCGGCGCUGAUGCUAAGCGCUCUGCUGACCCUACCGACCACUUGUCUCGAGUGGACAGCUACAACUUGCCGAAUGGUGUUUGUGGCUGCACUGCUGAUAACUGCCUCCGCGCGCUGCGUGCCACGAGCCCUGCUGGGAGAUUGGCUGAGUCCCAGGCUUUCUGCAAGGACUUCACGAAGACCGUCAUCACUGACGUUAGGGUUGUGAAGCCAUACCUGACUUCGAACUGUGCGGGCAAUGUUGUGUCAAGAGUCAGCUCUGCUUGUGGAUGUAUCCCUAGUGACAAUUAGACGUAGAUAGAGAGCAGAAGGACAUAGAAAUAAUAAUCAUUGAAAAGUGUAAUGUUCAAAAUGAG